CCCGGGAGGCGCGACCAGAGGCGGAAGUAGCUGUGGGCGCCUUUGCAACGGCUGCGGACGCUGCCCAGUAGUCUGUGUGGGUUCGCGGGUCGCUGGCGGGGGUCGCGAGGCGGUGCCCCGGGAGCUGAGAGAUGGAGGGGGAUGGUUCAGACCCAGAGCCUCCAGAUGCUGGGGAGGACAGCAAGUCGGAGAAUGGGGAGAAUGCGCCCAUCUACUGCAUCUGCCGCAAACCGGACAUCAACUGCUUCAUGAUCGGGUGUGACAACUGCAAUGAGUGGUUCCAUGGGGACUGCAUCCGGAUCACUGAGAAGAUGGCCAAGGCCAUCCGCGAGUGGUACUGUCGGGAGUGCCGAGAGAAAGACCCCAAGCUGGAGAUCCGCUAUCGGCACAAGAAGUCACGCGAGCGGGACAGCAAUGAGCGAGACGGCAGUGAGCCCCGGGAUGAGGGUGGAGGGCGCAAGAGGCCUGCCCCGGAUCCGGACCUGCAGCGCCGGGCGGGGUCAGGGACAGGGGUUGGGGCCAUGCUUGCUCGGGGCUCUGCUUCGCCCCACAAAUCAUCUCCACAGCCCUUGGUGGCCACACCCAGCCAGCAUCACCAGCAGCAACAGCAAAUCAAACGGUCAGCCCGCAUGUGUGGUGAGUGCGAGGCCUGCCGGCGCACUGAGGACUGUGGCCACUGCGACUUCUGCCGGGACAUGAAGAAAUUUGGGGGCCCCAACAAGAUCCGGCAGAAGUGCCGGCUGCGUCAGUGCCAGCUACGGGCCCGGGAAUCGUACAAGUACUUCCCUUCUUCGCUCUCGCCAGUGACACCCUCAGAGUCCCUGCCAAGGCCUCGUCGGCCACUGCCCACACAGCAGCAGCCACAGCCAUCACAGAAACCAGGGCGCAUCCGUGAGGAUGAGGGGGCAGUGGCAUCAGCAGCAGUCAAGGAGCCACCUGAGGCUACGGCCACGCCUGAGCCACUCUCAGAUGAAGACCUACCACUGGACCCUGACCUAUACCAGGACUUCUGUGCAGGGGCCUUUGAUGACCAUGGCCUGCCCUGGAUGAGCGACACAGAGGAGUCCCCAUUCCUGGAUCCCGCACUGCGGAAGAGGGCAGUGAAAGUGAAGCAUGUGAAGCGUCGGGAGAAGAAGUCUGAGAAGAAGAAAGAGGAGAGAUACAAGCGGCAUCGGCAAAAGCAGAAGCACAAGGACAAAUGGAAACACCCGGAGCGUGCUGAUGCCAAGGACCCUGCAUCGCUACCGCAGUGCCUGGGGCCUGGCUGUGUGCGCCCUGCCCAGCCUGGCUCCAAGUAUUGUUCAGACGACUGUGGCAUGAAGCUGGCAGCCAACCGCAUCUACGAGAUCCUCCCCCAGCGCAUCCAGCAGUGGCAGCAGAGCCCCUGCAUUGCUGAGGAGCACGGCAAGAAGCUGCUUGAACGUAUUCGCCGUGAGCAGCAGAGUGCCCGAACCCGCCUUCAGGAAAUGGAGCGCCGAUUCCAUGAGCUUGAGGCCAUCAUUCUGCGUGCCAAGCAGCAGGCUGUGCGCGAGGACGAGGAGAGCAAUGAGGGUGACAGUGAUGACACGGACCUGCAGAUCUUUUGCGUCUCCUGUGGGCAUCCCAUCAACCCACGUGUUGCCUUGCGCCACAUGGAGCGCUGCUAUGCCAAGUAUGAGAGCCAGACGUCCUUUGGGUCCAUGUACCCCACACGCAUUGAGGGGGCCACACGACUCUUCUGUGAUGUCUACAAUCCUCAGAGCAAGACAUACUGUAAGCGGCUCCAGGUGCUAUGCCCUGAGCACUCACGGGACCCCAAAGUGCCAGCCGACGAGGUAUGUGGGUGCCCCCUUGUACGUGAUGUCUUUGAGCUCACAGGUGACUUCUGCCGCCUGCCCAAGCGCCAGUGCAACCGCCAUUACUGUUGGGAAAAGUUGCGGCGUGCUGAAGUGGACCUGGAGCGCGUGCGUGUGUGGUACAAGCUGGACGAGCUGUUUGAGCAGGAGCGCAAUGUACGCACAGCCAUGACAAACCGGGCAGGACUGCUGGCCCUGAUGCUGCACCAAACGAUCCAGCAUGACCCGCUCACUACAGACUUGCGCUCCAGUGCCGACCGCUGAGCCCUACUGGCCCAGAGGUCCUCACACCCUGCAUUCCAGGCGGGGGAGCUGCCCUGAAUCCCCCAUUUGACUGUUCUGCCAUUCUUCUGUUUCUCCAGUCAUCCCUGAGUUUCUCCCUGUGCCUGUCCACCAUUUGCCCCUCUGCCCUUAACAGAGGGUCUCAGAAUUUUCUCCUGUUUUUGUCUGUUCUCUGUCUCUCCAUUCUUUGUGCCUGGGUGGGACUGUGGAGUCUGCUCACCUUUGCCUUCCCCCUCUCUUGGUUUUGUUAAUAAAAUUUUGAAGAAUCAAGAAAGAUAA